CGGGUGGAAAUAAGUUCAUGUCCUGCGGACGUUGUCAGUUUCCCGAGUCUACUGACGUCCCCUUUAGGAAAGCGUUCAUUUACGUCAUCGUGACGUAGAAUUAGCUACACGGAAGUGGAACGUGCUGCUUAGCCAACACGCUUCAGCUCGCCGUUGAUUCUCUUCUUUUUACAGAAAACACAAGCAGAAGCGGUGUCUACCUGCGACACGUGCCUAAUGUUGACGCCGGUUUACUCCCACGCCGGACGGGGAGACUUCCGCGAUGUUUACGAGCCGGCGGAGGACUCGUUCCUCCUGAUUGACGCGCUGGAGAAAGACGCAGAGCUGCUGCAGCAGAUGGGCCCGUGUGUGUGUCUGGAGGUGGGCAGCGGCUCGGGAGUGGUGUCCGCUUUCCUGGCGUCCUUAGUCGGACCUGGCGCGCUUUAUCUCUGCACCGACGUGAACCCCGCGGCGGCGCAGUGCACAGCGAAGACCGCUUCCUGCAACGAUGCUCCGCUGCAGCCCGUCAUCACGUCCUUGGUGGAGGGCCUCCUGCCCCGCUUAAGUGGGACGGUGGACGUGCUUCUCUUCAACCCUCCCUAUGUGGUCACGCCGUCAGAAGAGGUGGGCAGCACGGGUAUAGAGGCGGCUUGGGCCGGAGGGGAGCGAGGGCGAGAGGUGACGGACAAGUUUCUGCCGGCGGUCCCUCAGUUGCUCUCCAGUAACGGGUUAUUCUACCUGGUUACCAUUGCCGAGAACGAGCCGGACGAGAUCAUCGGUUUUCUGGGCAAAUUUGGCUUGAGGGGAGAGACACACAUGUCGACUAGAGCUGGAAAUGAGAGGCUGUCCGUCCUGCGCUUCCAUAGGAGCUAACAGUCACUUCCAAAUCGCCUGAAAACAUCACAGGAACUCAUGUUUGUCGGACAUUGUUCAUGCCAUUUUUUGCAAGCAAGGACAAAUGCAAGUCACCAGACAAGAAGAUUUUCUUAUUCAAGGACGAGGACUACCUCUGCCAUACCAACUUGUUUAUAUGAAAAUAAAUAAAAGCAAAUGCCAGACAACAUGAGCCCAGGCAGGUUUAAUAAUGACACAAACACUCAUGAUGUUCAAGGAACAGACACUUGUAAUGUAAAGUGAACUGGACGUGUGGUUUUUAACUGUGAGAACUGGACUCCCACACGAUGCGUCCGUCCUCGUCCUCAUGCUGACCUAUUUUAUGCAAGAUAUUAACAAUGUAAUUUCGUUUUGUCACAACGUUGAAAUGUUUUUAUGUUUGCUUGGUAGACCUCACGUACCGCUAGCGGUGUUAGAACAUUAAACCAUUACUAUCUA